CGACGCUGGGCGGCAGCGCGUCGUCGGAUCGGCAUCGGACGAAUCCGCAGCAGCUCGCUGCGACUUUCACCGUGAAAGUGAAAUCGGCACGGCGAGGAAACUCCAUGCCACCAUUGACCAGGUGCUCGGUUCCUGCAGCAGCAGCAGCAGCUCAUCUGCUCGCGACCCGGGGGCGAAAUCACGGAGGGGAAGUGGAGAUUUUGUAGGAGAUAAGCGGCGGAGGGACGAAAAGAAUGGCAGCAUCAAGUGGGAUCGAGCGUUGCCUGUGUGCGCGGUGGGCCCCGCGGAGCUGCUCUCUUUAACCUGCGCUUGCAUCGUUUCUGUUUUCUGUAUCUGUGGCUUUUGGUGGUACCUGGGGAGGCGGGCUCGCUAUCGGUCCUGCGCGCUUCCGCUCAAUAUCCUCUCAGCGCAUCGUGCAGAUUUCAUCACCGAUCUGCCCUUCCCUCUCUCUCUCUCUCAUCCCUCCCUUAAAGACCUGCUCUCGUGCGAGGAGCCCUGAUCGUACUCGACACCAGGUUCAAGGCUCGUCGUCCUCUGCGCCGCUCGCCCGCUCGGAGAAUUGGAUUCUUCCAUCACGAGCCCCUAGGGCGUCGUCUGAGCAUAGCCUUGGAGUUCUCUGCUGCUGCUGCUGCUGCUGCGUUUGAGUCGCGGAUUGUGGGAAGAUGGCGGCGACGAGUGCCGUAGCAGCGGUGGUGGCCGGAGCUCUGGGCGCCGUGCCCCAGCGCACGGAUCUUGCUGCUGCUGCUGCUGUUCCCAGUAGGGCGUGCUCCGUGUCGUCGUUGGCGAGCUUCCAAUCGCUCAGCGUAUCGUGCAAGACCGCGAGGUCGGCUCGUGCUGUGAGCAAGAAGGUUGGCGGCAGGCAGAUUGUGUGCUCGGUCGCAGCGCCGUCCACCUCCCCGAGGUCGGCGUCCACCGAGAUUGUCGGCAAGCCCACCGUCCUCGUCGCGGAGAAGCUCGGCGAGGCCGGUCUGGAGUUGCUGAAGAAGAUUGCCAAUGUCGACUGCUCUUACAAUCUGUCGCAGGAGGAGCUCUGCGCGAAAAUCUCACUCUGCGACGCUCUGAUCGUCCGAAGUGGCACUAAGGUCACCCGCGAGGUUUUUGAAGCUAGCAACGGACGAUUGAAGGUCGUCGGGCGUGCUGGUGUCGGAAUCGACAAUGUGGAUCUUCAGGCCGCCACCGAAGUUGGAUGUUUGGUCGUGAACGCCCCCACCGCCAACACCAUCGCCGCUGCCGAGCACGGGAUUGCUCUUCUCACUGCUCUGGCCCGUAAUGUUGCUCAGGCCAGCGCCUCCAUGAAGGCCGGCGAAUGGAAGCGUAACAAGUAUGUUGGAGUGUCUUUGGUCGACAAAACUCUUGCGGUGAUGGGAUUUGGAAAGGUCGGAUCUGAAGUUGCCCGUAGAGCUAAGGGUCUGGGUAUGCAAGUGAUUGCACACGAUCCAUACGCCCCAGCUGACCGUGCUCGGGCCAUCGGUGUGGAGCUUGUGUCUUUCGACGAGGCUCUCAAGCGGGCCGAUUUUAUUUCCCUCCACAUGCCAUUGACUCCCUCAACCGACAAGUGCUUCAAUGACGAAAGCUUUGCCAAGUGCAAGAAAGGAGUUCGUAUUGUCAACGUUGCCAGAGGUGGAGUUAUUGACGAGGAGGCUUUGGUCCGUGCACUCGACAGUGGUAUUGUGGCACAGGCUGCUCUGGACGUUUUUACCGUAGAGCCCCCUGCCAAGGACGACAAGUUGAUCCAGCACGAGAAUGUAGUUGUUACCCCUCACCUUGGUGCCAGUACCAUGGAGGCGCAGGAAGGAGUUGCAGUAGAGAUUGCCGAAGCCGUCGUCGGGGCUCUACAAGGAGAGCUUGCGGCCACUGCCGUGAAUGCACCCAUGGUCCCUGCUGAGGUCUUGGCCGAGUUGUCCCCCUAUGUCACUUUGGCCGAGAGACUCGGAAGACUAGCUGUUCAGCUUGUCUCUGGAGGUGCUGGUGUGAAGGACGUGAAGGUGACCUACACAUCUUCCCGCGCUGAUGACGACCUUGACACCAGACUUCUCCGGGCUAUGAUCACGAAGGGUUUGAUCGAGCCCGUAUCCAGUGCCUUCAUCAACCUUGUCAACGCCGAUUUCAUCGCCAAGCAAAGGGGCCUGCGGAUCAGUGAGGAGAGGCGACCAUCAGAUGGUGCAGUAGAGGUUCCUUUGGAAAGCAUCGAAGUGAGAAUCUCCAAAGUAGAUUCAAGGUUCAACACGGCAAUGUCUUCUGGAGACAUCACCCUCGUAGGUACCGUGAAGGGUGGAGUACCUCACCUUUCCAAAGUGGGAGGCUUCAGCGUCGAUGUUAGUCUAGAGGGAAGUAUUAUUCUCUGCAGACAAGUCGAUCAACCAGGGAUGAUCGGUAAGGUUGGUAACUUUUUGGGAGAGCAAAACGUGAACAUCAGUUUCAUGAGCGUGGGGCGAGAUUCUCCUCGCAAGCAGGCUGUCAUGGCCAUCGGAGUAGAUGAUGUGCCCAGCAAGGAAGUCCUCACUAAGAUCGGGCAAAUCAGUGCUAUCGAAGAGUUUGUCUUCCUUAAGUUGUAAGUGACUGUCGUUGGCCAUAUGUAUAUUUGUCCAGCGAAUGCAGGCAGGCUAGAUAAUGACGUCUAAAUAGACGGGAAUUGUAUUUCAAACAUAUGAAGAUGGCUGGAACUAUGGCCCGGGGAUGCUUGACACAACCACAUCAGGAUAGAGUGCAGAGGUUUUCCACUCCUCGUCUGGCACUAGAUAGAGGUGUCCUACCCUUACAAUUUUGUUCGAUCCGAGAGAUGGUGUACUCUCUCGCCAGUGUCCCACAUUGGGACUAAUACUAAUAAACUUCUACAACACAUGUUUUUUCAGUUCACUCA